GAAUGCCCAACAUUAUGGAGGCUAUACGAUUAUGUCGAUGAUAACGAGCGUCAAGUCAUCCUGCAACUACGCGAGGAAAAGCGGACGCUAAGCCUUGGCAAAGGCGGCGAAGGAUAUAUCGCCACAGACAUAUGGUGCUAUAACUGUGGCUCCGAUGGCCACAUGGGAGACGAUUGUGAAAACAUGUCGCAUUCCCUUGACAUUCCUGUCGAAUCAUCAGCAUUCAGUCUUUACAACACCAUGACAGGGCCAUUCCUAGACUCCAGUACCGCCUCAAAACAAUCAGCUUCUUUUCGUCGCGGUCCCCGAGACUGGGAAGAAGGAGAGACGUUGCCAGAUGGUUGGGGUUUCGAUGCACCUGUCAAUGUCGGGAAGCAAGGCAGGAAGAAAGAUCGAGCUCGGAUGGAACAACAAGCUAGAGAGGUGCAGGAGAUGGAAGACGAUCCCGACGACUGGUUUGGCAAUGCUCAAAACACGAGGAACCGAGGUCAUCAGCCGACCAAUCAACGCAAUCAAAACGGACACACGCCUAAGAAAAUCAGCUUCGGGUCGUCCCUACACGGUAGUGGGAGGCACACGAACUUCGAGGACACUCCCCGCCCUCGACAGCCAACUGAGCAGUACACUGACAGCACUCACAGUGAUCGACGUGAUAAGGGAGAUAAAAGGCAAGGGUCUCAUCGGCGGCCGAGCCUUUUGGACCGUAUACAGGAAGAGACGGAUGAGCUACAUAUUCGUGGGGCGUAUCGAAGGAGGAGUGACAGUCGAAGGGAUGACAGAGAUCAGAAAGAUCGAGACAGACCAUAUAGUCGCAGUCACCGCGAUGAAGACAAGCACCGUAGAGAUGAUAGAGAUCAUCGAAGGCGGGAGAGUCGAGGGCCGAAGUAUCGAGGAGGCUACUCGCGAUAG